AUGCACGUUCCUGUGCUCGCCCAUCUCGUUGCCGGCUCUGCAGCUCCUCAGAGCACACUGAAGAAGGCCACUCCAAUCGCUUACCCUCACGAGUCGCGAGAGGACGCCCAAGCUCGAAUAGGGGCUCCUAUGGGACGCACUAAGGAACAGGCGGCGGCCGAUUUCUUGGAUUUCCAACACACCAUUCCUGGCUCCGAUAUCAUAGUCUUUUCAGAUGGAUCUAGGCUCGAGAACGGACAUGCUGGUGGUGGCUAUGUCGGAUUUCAAGCACAUCACCAGUUCCUCCGGUCCUCUCUCUCUUUCGGACCUGGGAAAGAAGUCUUUGAUGGGGAAGCAGAAGCUGCUCUAGCUGGUGCUCAGGCAGCUGUAGCACUCUCAACAGCUCGAUUUGCCACUAAUCUAUGGAUUUGCCUUGACAACCUGGAAGUUGCCACGCGACCCCUAUCUCCCUCUACAGGAUCUUCUCAAGGAGUCCUGACUCCUUCUGCACGCUUUCAGCUGCGUGGCCACUCCGCAAAAGGCGUCCUCAUACCAAAAGCGGCUCUAUCCGAGUUUGAUGGGUCGCUGGACACGCGAAAAUCUCUGAAAAUGAGGCGGCUGACCUCGCUGCCAAAGAGGGCGCUUCCUCUACCUGUCCUUCUCCACACAGACCUAGGAAUCACUACAUCUCCUAAGCGCCCACUUGAGCUCCAACUCACUCGACUUGACCUCGGCCAUAUGAUCGCGGCCCGUACUGGACAUGGAGACUUCGCGGACUACCAUGAACGAUUCAAUCAUGAUGAUGCUCAUCUUCUCUGCCGGUGUGGAGCACGGAAAGCACCUCUGCACUUCUUCUUCUGUCAUAUAGCUAAGAGACGAGCCCCUCGGCCUCCCGGGCCUCCUUCCGAGGUCAUCCCUUUUCUUUUAGGCACUACGAAAGCGGCGCAGAAGCUAGCCAUAUGGCUAGCAGAGACCCUCUUCUUUGAGGACAUCUGCCCUCGCCGAUCUCUCCUUAGCACCUAG